AGUCGUCCCCUUCCGAUUCGGAUUACUUGUUUGUAUUUCCCAAAGGAUUUUUCUUUUUGUCCACCCAGCAGAUCCUGCACUACACUCUUGUUGAAUUUAUUCACGCAAAAACUGUAAGUGGUCGACGUACAACAUUUGUCGACUGCCGACUAGAAGAUUUUCAAUUUUUUGCAGCGUUUUGAAGAAGUGGAAAAACUUUACCGAGUCAUUCUUGUUCAAGUGAUAUAUCAUCCGCAUCUUCUUGUUCCAACAUGCAGAUGGUUCGACAAAUUUCUUUACUUCUCGCCGGGGUCGUACAUCACACCUUCCCGGAUGUGUUGAGCCGUGGGGUUUUCUUCGGGGUUUUACUUUCGCCCACGCUGGUUUACGCCUUGACCGUGAAUCGGAUCGGAAAGCGAGAUGACAGCCGCGCGCAAAAGCUGCAAGACGAUCUGUCUUCCUGUUGCGGCGACGUGCUAGAGAUGUAUCCAGUGGAAAACAGGCACCCAGCCAUUAGAGGUGUCAUGCGGAUCUUGCACGAGCACGAGCAGCAAGUGUCUGUUGCCAGUCCCAGACAUCUUCUCGUCACGAGAGCCACUUAUUUUCUAGUCAUGUUUUUUCAGGCGUUAUCGUCAUGCUUUGAGCAGGAUGAAAGCGUGGAGUUGUGAUGCGUUCAUACUACUUAGCUCAUCCCGACUGCUAUGCGAUACACCGAACUUUCUUGUGAUUCGCGACUCGAUGUCCCAGAUACGUCUGCUCUUGUGUAAACAGGAUUCACGACUGAAGCCUCUAUGAUGACAGGGUGGCUACGUUUUUCAACGCGAUAGGCUGCCGGAGCCGAUCGCCUCGGCAGAGGCGAAUGUGACGGGCCGCGCCACCCUGGACAACAUGCUUACGAUACGCGUUGCAAAUGUGUCACAUUCGCUUUGGAGGAGAAGCAAAUGAUAAAGAAUGCCUACGAAAUAAGAAGUACCUGCGAAGGGCGGAGUCUGAGUUUGCAGUGCACUUCCGAUUAUGAGCGUAAGAACAACUUCGUAGCUCUGCAUUGUACAACAGCAUAUAAUAGGGGUGGCAGAAAUAUACUGCCUCUUGAUAGAAUGUUUGUCGCGCGCAAAGAGCCGUGCAAUAGUGAGUCGUGCGGAAUUUGGACGAUACGAAGCCUGUCAGAGUUUUCCAAAUACAGAAACGGCUCCCUCUGUGUGUAUUCCUAUUGUUCUCCAGGUGAUCUGCGUGGCAUGGUUGCGAUGCAUAUGGAGUUUCUGACAGCGUGAUGGCGAACAAACCCUCGAACGCGCUUUCGUUUGACCCGGCCAAGGAGGCAGAAUUCCUCGGCAAAAUGGAGGAUCCCGUGCAUAUUCUUCUGCAAAGCCGGUCCUUGACAAUCAAACAUGACCUGGCGGACGCCUUGGUCGUGAUCUCCAAGGCUAUGGGCGACACCAGCUAUGGGCGACACCAGGCUAUUGGGCGACACCUGAAAACGCAGCAAAGGCUUCGCGGAAGAGUUGCGUGA